UUUAACCGGAACGCCUGACAGCCCAUACGUCACUUCCGGUUUUUGCUAGCCGCAGCAAAAUGGGCGAAGGUGCGGGCCGAGUGCUGCGGUGACUAUGGAGGAUGAAGAGGUGCGAAGAUGAGGGAAGCUGACAAGACGGACACAAUGAAGCCUCAAGACCGGGUCUUCGGGAUGGUGGGGAGGAGGAGGAGCAGCGAGAGGAAGCGGUGUGACUCUUUUGUGAACAGCUUAUUUGAAGAAGCCGAAGAUGCAGGCGUCCCUAAUGCUUCACCGGAAGAUGAGACGGAGGUUGUAAUAAAGAUGUGGAAGAACGGGUUUACAAUCAACGACGGCCAACUCAGGGAUUAUACAGAUGCUGCAAAUCGUCAGUUCAUGGACUCCAUGCGGAAGCGAGAGCUGCCUCCAGAGCUGCAUAAGACAUUUGCAAAGAAAGAAUUGUCAGUUAACGUGGAAGACAGAAAAAGUGAAGAGUACUGGAUAAGCAAGAAGCACGUGGAUCCAUUCUCUGGGCAGGGCCACCGGCUAGGAAGUGCAACCCCAAAAGUAAUUACCAAAGCAGCAGAUGGUCUGGAGAAUGGAGGUGAACAGAGUCUCCCGACUGUUGAGCUGAACGCCGGGGAACCUCUGACAAAUGUCAAGAUCUGGCUCGCUGAUGGCAAGAGGAUCAUUCAGAAAUUUAACACUACACACAGGAUCAGCGACGUCAAGAAUUUUGUGGAACGCAUCCCUUGUAAAUCAGAGAAGACCCCCUUCACACUGGCAACCUCCUUCCCGUUGCGAGACCUUUUGGAUGAGACGGUCACCAUUCAGGAGGCUCAGCUGCAAAAUUGUGUCCUGGUGCAGAGAUUGCAGAAAACCACCGAAACUUUCAGGAACUCUUAGACCUAAGCACUAAUCUCAUGCCAUCUGGUUGGUGGCACCCUCUGCUGGCACCUUCUGGACUUUUUUUUUUUUUUACGUGUGUGUGAUCUGAGAAGCACUGAACAGGGACUGUACAUAUCCUCUGACUCGGCCAUCUAUCUUUGGCCAUGUAUGCAGACACGGCUGCCUCCUGCACUGGGUUACACUGUGAGGUCCUGGAUUGCUGUGCGCAGGGUGCACUCACACUUCAGCUUCUACCCCUCAGGUUUCUUCUGCAGAUCUUUCUGCUCCCAAUGGCUUUACAAUAUUCUGUUUGGCAAUAAGUAGAUUACUGGUUGGUAUGACUGGUAUAUUUCCCGGCAGAGCAUGCAGGAUUAAGGCGGUGGCGACGACGCAGCUUGCAUUAAACAAAAUAAAUGCCCUUUCCAACUACAUGGGGAGAAAUUUAUUUUUUAUAUAAUUUUUUUUUUUUCCUAAAUAAUUUCUCCCUGAUCUGAUGACUGUUGUAAAAUUUGUGUAAAAUGAUAUACGAUGCAUUUAAUCAGCUGCUUAGAAGCUUCAAUUCAAUAGUGACAACCAAAUAUGGCUGCACUUUCUGGCCUCCAUAAAAUUCGUAAAAUGCUGGAGGCAACCUCUCACAAACCAUACACCUUAAAAAUCUGCAUUGACCCUCAGCUUAAAUUUUGUUAUUGACGCAGGCAUAUUCCUCCCGAGCACCCGGAUUCCAGGCUGCUAUAUCAUGAUGACAUUUCCCUUCCUUCCUACAGGGCAUUUGAGAUCAGGUAGAAAGGGAACGCAGUAUUUUUCUGCUGAUUUUAAAACAAUCGCUGCAUUACUCCAGCUCACCAGCAGGGGGCCUGCAGCGCUCGACCGAUAAAUAUGUGUAACACCUUGUCAGCCCCCUGCUGGUGGCUCAUAACAAAAGGGAGCUGAAGUCUAUUAAUCAGCAUGCCGUCUUGUAAAGAUUGCAGUGUGUAGAGAUCAUUUUAAUAUUUUUAGGUUCUGUUUUUAUAAAUUAAACAUUUUAAGCUAC